CCCCAAACAUGGCCACCGUGGUCACCAGGUCCCAGUCGUACCACUUCCAUGUCUUUUUACCAACGUCGAAUACAAACACCUGAACACAUGUCAAUAUGGAGCACUGAGCCCUGCACUCGCUACAAUCAACAAUUGUGAGGAGGUUUGGUUAAUCAUUCGCCAAGUGGCACAUGCCUCGGGCAGAUCUACCUUUAUAAGGACUCUUCUGAUGGCAAUCGAUCACAGCCACCAGCCAUGAGAGUGUUUGUCCUUGCUCUGGUUGUGGCCCUUGCGGCUGCUCACCAGGUCCAUUUUGCGCCCGAGUUUGCUGCUGGGGACACUUACAUCUACCAGUAUGAAGCGUUCCUCCUGGGUGGCCUGCCGGAGGAGGGUCUGGCCCGGGCCGGGGUCCAAAUAAAGAGCAAAGUCUUCAUCUUGGCUGAGACCCCUGAGAUCUACAUACUGCGGAUUAUGGAGCCUGAAAUCUUUGAGUACAGCGGUAUCUGGCCCAAAGAUCCAUUCGUCCCUGCCACCAAACUGACCGCAGCCCUGGCUACUCAGCUCUUGACACCAGUCAAGUUUGAGUACGCUCACGGCGUUGUGGGAAAGGUCUUUGCACCCGUGGGUGUCUCUGCCACUGUCCUCAACAUCUACAGGGGAAUCCUCAACGUCCUCCAGCUGAACAUCAAGAAGACCCAGAACGUCUAUGAGCUGCAGGAGCCUGGGGCACAGGGCGUGUGUAAGACCCACUACAUCAUUUAUGAGGAUGUCAAGGAGGAACGCAUCUAUCUGACCAAGACCAAGGACUUGAACCACUGCCAGGAGAGGAUUAUCAAAGACAUCGGCUUGGCUUACACAGAGAGAUGCAUCGAGUGCCAGGGUGGGGAGCACGCUAUGAAGGGAACGGCUGCCUACGACUACACCAUGAAGCCCACAGCCACGGGAUAUAUGAUCUUGGAAGCAACCUCAACAGAACUCAUCCAGUUCUCUCCCUUCAACAUCAUGAACGGUGCUGCCCAAAUGGAGGCCAAGCAAAUCUUGAAAUUCCUGGAGAUUGGAAAAAUCCCAGUGCCCAUCGGAGCUGACUAUGUCCCACGUGGAUCCCUGCAGUAUGAGUUUGGCGCCGAACUCCUCCAGACCCCCAUCCAGCUUCUAAAAAUCACUCAUCCUGAAGCUCAGCUUAUUGAGGUUCUCAACCACCUGGUGACCUUCAACACAGCCAGAGUCCAUGAUGACGCACCACUCAAGUUCAUUGAGCUCAUCCAACUGCUGCGCGUUUCUGGAUUUGACAGCAUCGAGGCCCUCUGGACUCAAUUCAAAACUAAACCUGACCACAGGUACUGGAUCCUGAAUGCCAUCCCAGCUAUUGGUACUCAUGAUGCCCUGAGGUUCAUCAAGGAGAAGUUCCUGGGUCAAGAAUUGACUAUGGCUGAAACCGCUCAGGCACUGAUCGCGUGCAUUCACACUGUGACCGCCGACCUGGAGGCUAUCAAGCUUGCUGAGGCUUUGGCCUUGAACAACAACGUUAAAAGAAACCCUGUCCUGCGAGAGAUCGUCAUGCUCGGCUAUGGAACCCUUGUCUUCAAAUACUGUGCAGAAAACCCGGCUUGUCCCGUCGACCUACUGAGACCCAUUCACGAAAUCGCGGCUGAAGCUGUUGCCAGAGUCGAUUUCGAAGAGCUUAUCCUUGCUCUCAAAGUCCUGGGUAAUGCAGGGCAUGCCUCCAGUCUCAAGCCAAUCAUGAAGCUCCUGCCUGGUUUUGGAAGUGCAGCAUCUUCGUUCCCACACAGAGUUCACUUUGAUGCCGUUCUCGCCAUGAGGAAUAUUGCAAAGAAAGAUCCCAAAAUGGUCCAGGAACUGGCUGUUCAGCUUUUCAUGGACAAGGCUUUGCAUCCAGAGCUCCGUAUGGUUUCGGCUAUUGUGUUGUUUGAAACCAAACUCCCCAUGGGACUGGUGACCACUCUUGCCAAUACGCUGUUGAUGGAACCCAACCUUCAGGUGGCAAGCUUUGUCUACUCUUACAUGAAGGCUAUGACAAGAAACACCGCACCAGACUACAAAUCAGUUGCUAGUGCCUGCAACGUCGCUGUGAAGAUCCUCAGCCCCAAGUUUGACAGACUGAGCUAUCGCUUCAGUAGAGCACUUUAUCUGGACGCCUACCUGAAUCCCUACAUGAUGGGUGCUGCUGCCAGUGCCUUCUACAUGAACGACGCUGCUACUGUCAUGCCGAAAGCAGUGGUAGCCAAAGCACGCACCUACCUGGCAGGGGCAUAUGCUGACAUUUUUGAGUUUGGAGUGAGAACUGAGGGAGUGCAGGAGGCGCUUAUGAAAAUCGAGGACGCUCCAGAAAGCACCGAAAGGAUUGCCAAAAUGAAACGUGUUUUGAAGGCCCUCUCUGAAUGGCGGUCUUCUCCAUCAAGGCUACCACUGGCCUCCGUUUAUGUGAAGUUCUUUGGACAAGAAAUUGCAUUUGCCAACAUCGACAAGGCUGUCGUUGAUCACAUCAUUGCGCUGGCUGAUGGACCUGCCAUUCGCGCCUACGGAAGGGAGGUUUUGGACACUUUGCUGGCUGGCAUUAGCGCACAUUAUGUGAAGCCGAUGCUUGUCGCUGAGGUGCGUCGUAUUUUCCCCACGUCUGUUGGUCUGCCCAUGGAGCUCAGUUUUUACACCGCUGCUGUGGCAUCUGCAUCCGUAGAACUUCAAACUGGUAUAACGCCACGUCCAUCAGAGGACUUCCAUGCGUCUCAACUCCUUAAGUCUGACAUCAGCAUCAUGGCUGCAAUUUCUCCAAGUGUUUCCAUGCACACCUACGCUGUCAUGGGCAUCAACACCGCUUGGUUCCAGGCCUCUCUGAUGUCAAGGGCCAGAGUUUACUCACACAUUCCUGCAAAGAUUGAAGCAAGAUUCGACAUGAUUAAGGGCAACUUUAAGUUUGCGUUUCUGCCAAUUCAGGGCGUUGAUAAACUUGCAUCCGCACUGGUUGACACGUUUGCUAUUGCAAGAAAUGUGGAAGACCUCGGCACUGCAAUAAUAACACCAAUGGUUCCAAGCGAAGUAGCCGCACAAGUGUCUUCCAAAUUCUCAAAGAUGUCAGGUGGAGUGACAUCCUCAUCAGAAAUCAUCGUGGGUGAUGUGUCAGUUGAAUUUAAAAACCGGCGAGAACACAGCACGUGUCUUGAGAAAAAGAUGUGUGCCAUAUUUGAAACGUUUGGAUUGAAGGCCUGCGCAGACAUCGAAUCUCAUAAUGCUGCCUUCAUCAGACACAGCCCACUGUACUUUGUGGUCGGGAAACACAGCCUUCUUUUUGAAGUCAUUCCAGAAGCCGGACCUGCCAUUGAGAGGAUUGAGAUUGAAGUUCAGUUGGGAGAAAAAGCAGGAGAAAAGAUAGUGAAAGUGAUAAAGAUGAGUGAGGAAGACAUUGUUGAGGAUAAGAAUGUCCUGAUGAAACUGAAGAAAAUCCUGAUACCCGGGUUGAACGUCACUUCCUCCAGCUCCAGCAUGUCCGCUUCUAGCAGCUCAAGAGUCUCUUCCUCAUCCAAGUCAUCCUCUAGUGCUUCCUCUCGCCCCAAGAGCAAAAGAGUUGACAGUAAAUCCCCGGUCAAGAAAAGUGUGAGCAGCUCCAGCCUACUCUCCAAAUCCUCAAGCAGUCGUUCAUCUCUCAAGUCCAGGAGCAGCGACUCUCUCAGGUCCAGCAGUCGCUCUUCCAGCAGCAGCUCAUCUCUCUCCAGUGCCCUUUCAAAGCAGGAGCAGUUUGAGAUGACAUUCAUCAAGAGCCACGUCCACAAGCAUUCCCGACUCAACAGCAAAAGCAGUGCCCGCAGCUUCGAAGAGAUCUACAAUAAGGCCAAGUAUCUCGCCUCUGCCCUGACUCCUGUUAUGACCGUCAUUGUGCGUGCCAUGAGGGUCCACCAAAAGGAUCUAGGAUACCAGCUUGCAGCUUACUUUGACAGACAGACAUCCAGAGUGCAGCUCAUAUUGGCCAAUCUUGCAGAAGAAGACCGCUGGAGAAUGUGUGCUGAUGGCGUAAUGCUGAGUAAGCACAAGCUGAUGGCCACCCUUGCAUGGGGUCUUGAAUGCAAACAAUAUGACACAGAGCUCAUUGCUGAAACCGGUGUGGUCGACCACGAGCCAGCGCUGCGUUUGAAACUGACGUGGGACAACCUUCCCAGUGCCUUGAAACGCUACGCUAAGCAGUAUUCCGAGUACCUUUCCGACAUUGUCCUAAAAACUGGAGUCAUCUCAUCAAAGGCCAAGAACAUGCGUAAGGAAAUCAAACUGACGGUGGCAGUUGUGUCGGAGAAAUCACUGAAUGUUGUACUGAAGACACCAAAGAGGACCAUCUAUAAACGUGACGUGGCUCUCCCCAUCUCUCUGCCAUUUGGAGUGACUGCUGCUGAGGUGGAACCAUACCAGAGCAGCUGGGUUGGCAGGAUCUCCUACUUAGUUAGCAAAGCACACGCAGCUGAGUGCAGUCUGGUCAAGGACACCCUGAAAACAUUCAACAAGAGGAAAUACAAGAACGAGAUGCCACACUCUUGCUACCAAGUUUUGGCUCAGGACUGCACGAGGGAACUGAAAUUCCUGGUCCUCCUGAGGAGAGACCAUGCACAAGAACACAAUGGCCUUGAAGUCAAGAUUGCAGACAUUGACGUCGAACUGUAUUCUAAGAGGGGCGUGUCCAACGUUAAGGUCAACGGAAUGGAAAUCCCUGUCAGCAACCUGCCAUACCAGCAUCACACAGGUAAAAUCCAGAUCAGAGCCAGAGGCGAUGGCAUUGCCCUCUUCGCUCCCAGCCACGGAAUUCAGGAGGUUUACUUCGACCCGAAUAAACAGAAGGUUAAAGUUGUUGACUGGAUGAGGGGACAAACUUGCGGACUUUGCGGCAAAGCUGAUGGUGAAAUCAAACAAGAGUACCGUACACCCAAUGAACGCAUUACCAAGAAUGCAGUCAGCUUUGCUCAUUCCUGGGUUGUGCCAUCUGAGACCUGCCGUGACUCUUCAGAGUGCCUGAUGAAGCUCGAGUCCGUGAAGAUGACAAAGCCAUUCCUCCUGCACGGACAGCAGUCCACCUGCUACUCAGUUGAGCCUGUAAUGCGCUGUCUGCCAGGCUGCAUGCCAGUGAGAACCACCCCAGUCACCGUCGGCUACCACUGCAUGCCCUCCGAUGCUACUGUGAACUCCGACAGCCUCAGCAGCAUUUACGAAAAGAGUGUUGACGUCAGUGAAACCACAGACGCUCAUCUGGCCUGUCGCUGCAAUGCUCAGUGUUCUUGAAUACGGACAUCACUUUUUUUGUCCUGGAGAAAUAAGUCUGUAAA